CCCAAUUACAACACUGGGCACUUUAGAUCCCGCCUUCUGUUCCCUCGUCGUCUACCCGGAUUGGUUGAGCGAUUCCGGUAGGAACAGGCGUCUGUUUCUUUGUGCUAGACUCCCCACAGCCGCGAGGAGGAGAGGCUUCUUUCAUCUGUAAUGCUGUCCAGUAAGAAGUCAGACCCAGGUUCCUCCUCUUCCUCAGGGGGUAACGGCGGAGACCGUGCUCCUGAAACCCUCUCUGCUCCUCAGGCUGGUCCAGCCGGUCCUUCUGGCCCAGGUUUAGCAGAUGUGAAAAAGAAAGAGAGAGCCUCUCCAAGUGGAGAACCAGGUGGACCUCCUCUCUUGCACCCUCCUGGACCAGGAGGGGUUGAUCAAGACACUGCAGAAGGACGCAGGACCAGUCGCCGUAAAAGAGCAAAGCAGGUGGAGUACAGGGAGAUGGACGAGAGUCUCGCUAAUCUGUCGGAGGAUGAGUAUUAUUCAGAAGAAGAAAGGAACGCUAAAGCUGAGAAAGAAAGGAAGCAGGUGAUUCCUCCACCAGCCCCACCAAUAGAGGAGGAGAAUGACAGUGAACCUGAGGAACCAUCAGGUAUGGAAAGAGGUGUAGAGGGGGCCGCCUUCCAGAGCCGACUCCCACAUGACCGUAUGACAUCACAGGAAGCUGCAUGCUUCCCUGACAUUAUUGGUGGACCACAGCAUACUCAGAAAGUGUUUUUAUACAUCCGAAACCGAACGCUUCAACUAUGGUUGGACAACCCCAAAAUCCAGCUGACCUUUGAGGCCACUGUGCAGCAGCUAGAAGCUCCAUACAACAGUGAUGCUGUCCUGGUUCACCGGAUACACAGCUACCUGGAGAGACACGGGUUCAUCAACUUUGGAAUCUACAAGAGAGUAAAGCCUCUGCCAACAAAGAAAACUGGAAAAGUCAUAGUGAUUGGAGGUGGGGUUUCAGGGCUAGCAGCAGCAAGACAACUGCAGAGUUUUGGGAUGGAUGUGACUGUUCUGGAAGCAAGAGAUCGUGUAGGAGGGAGAGUGGCCACUUUCAGGAAAGGGAACUAUGUAGCUGACUUGGGUGCCAUGGUGGUGACUGGACUGGGUGGAAACCCUAUGGCUGUAGUCAGCAAACAGGUCAACAUGGAGCUGGCCAAGAUUAAGCAGAAGUGUCCGCUCUAUGAGGCUAAUGGACAAGCUGGAGAGCGCUGCACAAGUGUCCCUAAAGAGAAGGAUGAGAUGGUAGAGCAAGAGUUCAAUCGCCUGUUAGAGGCGACGUCAUACCUCAGCCACCAGCUCGACUUCAACUUUCUUAACAGCAAACCUGUGUCUCUGGGACAAGCACUGGAAGUAGUCAUACAGCUGCAGGAGAAGCAUGUGAAAGAUGAACAGAUUGAACACUGGAAGAAGAUUGUGAAGACUCAAGAGGAGCUUAGAGACCUUCUGAACAAGAUGGUGGCUACUAAAGAGAAAGUGAAGGAGCUGCAUCAGCAGUAUAAAGAGGCCAGUGAGGUGAAGCCACCCAGAGACAUCACAGCUGAGUUCCUGGUGAAGAGCAAACACAGAGACCUCACAGCACUUUGCAAGGAGUAUGAUGAGCUGGUGGAGAUGCAGGUAAAAUUAGAGGAGAGACUGCAAGAGCUGGAGGCUAACCCACCCAGUGAUGUUUAUCUGUCUUCGAGAGACCGACAGAUUCUUGACUGGCACUUUGCAAACCUUGAGUUUGCCAACGCUACACCUCUUUCAACACUCUCGCUCAAACACUGGGAUCAGGAUGAUGAUUUUGAGUUCACGGGCAGUCACCUAACGGUGCGAAAUGGAUACUCAUGCGUCCCAGUCGCACUUGCAGAGGGUUUGGAUAUCAAACUCAACACUGCAGUUAGACAGGUCCGAUACACAUCAUCUGGUUGUGAGGUGAUUGCGGUGAAUACCCGCUCCACUACCCAGACGUUCAUUUAUAAGUGUGACGCUGUGUUGUGUACUCUUCCUUUGGGAGUCCUGAAGCAGCAGCCACCAGCCGUGCAGUUUGUGCCUCCUCUGCCAGAAUGGAAGACUGCUGCCAUCCAGAGAAUGGGCUUUGGGAACCUCAACAAGGUGGUGUUGUGUUUUGAUAGAGUAUUCUGGGACCCCAGUGUUAACCUCUUUGGACAUGUGGGAAGUACCACGGCAAGUCGAGGGGAACUGUUUCUCUUCUGGAAUCUCUACAAAGCUCCUAUACUGCUGGCUCUGAUGGCAGGAGAGGCCGCAGGCAUUAUGGAGAAUAUCAGUGAUGAUGUCAUCGUUGGCCGUUGUCUGGCAAUCCUCAAGGGCAUCUUUGGAAGCAGCGCAGUACCUCAGCCAAAGGAGACGGUGGUGAGUCGCUGGCGUGCUGACCCUUGGGCCCGUGGGUCUUACUCGUACGUAGCAGCCGGUUCAUCUGGUAAUGACUAUGAUCUCAUGGCCCAGCCCAUCACACCUGGUCCUGCCAUACCUGGAGCCUCACAGCCCGUUCCACGUCUGUUCUUCGCGGGUGAACACACGAUCAGAAACUACCCAGCCACGGUCCACGGUGCUCUGCUGAGUGGGCUGAGGGAGGCAGGAAGGAUCGCCGAUCAGUUCCUGGGAGCCAUGUACACUAUGCCACGCCAAGCCACUGCCAAUCCAAACCCACAGCCUUCCCCCAGCAUCCAAUAAACAUCUAAACCCACACAUGAUGCGCACAGAGAGUUGGGGAUUUUCAGCAAAAGAAUGUCUUGCUAGAUAAAGAGCAGGCGGGUCAAGUAAGGACACCGGGUGACUCCUUAGACUGGGAAUGUGUGUGUGUGUGUGUGUGUUUAUGGGAGAGUUUGUCUACGUGUAAGAACAUGCCUUUAGGGAAAUCAUUCACUAAUCUGGGAGCUGAAGAUUUAAAGCAACCCUUCACUCAUUUACUUUCUGCUGCUGUAGCUUUUCUGGCUAACUUCUAAGUCAUCUAAAAGGACAGGUGGAUGGUUCCAGAAGAGUUCCCAGGGAAAUUUUGGAAUUUACCUGGAAUGGUGUUCAGUCAUAUAUAAGAACAGGGACCGUUAUUCACAUGUAACGCAACACAUGUGAAGUCCUCAAUCACAAAGUAUCAGAUGUUUCAAGGCAGAGCAUUAAAAUUUACAGUUGUAAAAACCAGAUUGGAGAUGGAUAUGGAUGCAUUAGUUGAAAUCCAACUGCCUACCCAACCCAUUCCUUUUUAUUUUUUCAGAAUAUUAAAAAAAAAAAGAACAAAAAGAAAAUCAAAAGCAAAUGUUAUGACUUUGCUAUGUCCCUCACUUUGUAGCUUGAAUGUUUUUGUUAGGAAAAAUUGCUUAUUAGCUGGAAUGCACAUGAAGUGUUACUAAUAGGUCUGUUUCUGUUAAAAUAGAAUAUCAGUUAUAGCUUGGUAUCUUUCUUGAUUAGCUCAUGUUUUUCUUAAGUUUUAUUAUUUGUUUAAUUAUUGUCAUUGCAAUCUUUUUUAUAUUUGUGUGUUUUUGGUAGGAAAAAUAAAUAUGAAGUCUGCUUCAUACCCCCA